UGAAAAAUUGAAUUUAGAAAAAAGUUUAGCACAGUAAGUGCCAUCAAAUGGACAUUGAAGGAAGGUAACUACAGAUUUUGUUGAACAUUGUUAAUGUUGCCUAUCAUAAAAGUGUAAGUUUUAGAAAUCUGUUGAUCAUUCGCAUAACUUACUGGAGGUAUGUAUAUGGAUUAUGGGUUUUUGUGUGUGUGUUUGUUUUGUUUCCUUUGAUGGCUUGUUCUGAUUCUGUUCCUUUGAAGCCUCACAGGAAGAAAAAGCCUUUUAUAGAGAAGAAGAAAGCUGUAUCUUUUCAUCUAGUCCACCGGAGUCAACGGGAUCCUUUAGCAGCAGAUGAAACUGCACCUCAGAGGGUUCUGUUACCCACACAGAAAAUAAAUGAUGAAGAAAGGCGAGCAGAACAGAGGAAGUAUGGCGUGUUCUUUGAUGAUGACUAUGACUAUCUGCAGCACCUGAAGGAACCAUCUGGCCCCUCAGAGCUUAUUCCCAUAAGUACUUCCAGUGCACCCGAAAGAAGAGAUGAAAAAGAGGAAACUUUAGUAAUUUCAACCACGGGAAUUAAAUUGCCUUCAUCAGUAUUUGCAUCAGAGUUUGAGGAAGAUGUUGGAUUGUUGAAUAAAGCAGCUCCUGUUUCAGGACCUCGGCUGGAUUUUGAUCCUGACAUUGUUGCAGCCCUUGAUGAUGAUUUUGACUUUGAUAAUCCAGAUAAUCUGCUUGAAGAUGAUUUUAUUCUUCAGGCCAAUAAGCCAACAGAAGAAAAUGGAAUAGAUACACAGAAAUCUGAGGCCGAAGAUGACAGUGAGUGGGAAGACAUGGAUGAUGAGAAGGAAAGAGGUGGUGAUGACGAUAACUAUGGCUCUGCGGGCUCAUCAGAUGAAACCAUGUCUAUCUCUGGAAAACCUCCUGGGACUGUAGAAAAUCACUUAUUCUGGGAAGAGGAAACAAAAAGCCGCUUUACUGAGUAUUCUAUAACAUCCUCAGUCAUGAGGAGAAAUGAACAGCUGACUCUUCAUGAUGAGAGAUUUGAGAAGUUUUAUGAGCAAUAUGAUGAUGAUGAAAUUGGAGCUCUGGAUAAUGCUGAAUUGGAAGGUUGCAUUCAAGUAGACAGCAAUCGCUUAGAGGAAAUCUUGAAUGACUACUACAAAGAGAAGGCAGAGAAUUGUGUAAAACUGAAUACUCUUGAACCCUUCGAGGAUCAGGACUUGCUAAUGAAUGAACUUGAUGGAUCUGAGGAGGAAGAGGUUAUUACUGUAGUUCUUGAAGAAGCCAAAGAGAAGUGGGAUUGUGAAUCUAUUUGUAGUACAUACUCAAAUUUAUAUAACCAUCCACAACUUAUCAAGUAUCAACCAAAGCCCAAACAAAUCCGAAUAUCUUCUAAAACAGGAAUACCUCUCAAUGUCUUACCUAAGAAAGGACUCACAGCAAAACAAGUUGAACGAAUGCAGAUGAUUAAUGGCAGUGAUCUGCCAAAGGUGUCAACCCAACCUCGAUCUAAAAAUGAAAGCAAAGAAGAUAAAAAAGCAAGGAAGCAAGCUAUAAAAGAAGAGCGCAAGGAACGGAGAGUGGAGAAGAAAGCUAACAAAUUAGCCUUCAAACUGGAAAAAAGAAGGCAGGAAAAGGAGCUCUUAAACUUGAAGAAGAAUGUUGAGAGGCUAAAACUAUGACAGUAGAACAUUUGGGAUAAGGUGCCUUCCCCCCCCCGGGGCUCCUCGUUAUGUUCAGUAUUGAACAAGGAUCUUCAAAGAGAUAAAAUUACUUAAUCUGCCAUUUUUACUGGCAGGUAUUUAUACCACCAGGUUUUCUCUGCCAUCUGUCUUGUAAAUAUUGUAACACUUUAAAACUUAAUAUUAGAAGCUUAGAAUUUGCUCUGAAAUAAAUGAUUUCACGAAUGUGAAAUGUUUGGAUGAGUUUAAGGGAAACAUCUUCAUAACAUAAAUGGAAUUGGUGUAUUCUUCAUUUAUUUGUAUGAUUGUCCCAGCUGUCUUUUGCAGAUGUUCUCAAAUAGUUCUUUGAAACCUUUCCACUCCUUUUCAGGAGUUAAGUGGUUUAAUUUGCUGUAUGUAGAAAAGUGACCCCAUUAAACUCCAUUUUGAAAUUCUGAGUGGUUUAACAGUUUUCCUGAGGAGAUUCCACUGGUAGGAACUAAGUUUCCCCCUGCUGUAUGCAAAGGGCUGUUUCAAAAGGAUGGUAAAAAUGAGUAUUAGGAUUGUUGGGACUCAAUUACUGGAUGACUUACUUUUGGAUUUUAGAAAGAGCGAAGACAGGAAGCAGAAGCAGAAAUCAAGAAAAUGUCCUUGGCUUCAGUGAGUACCUGGCUCAAAAUCAGAAAUAUUUACUUCAAUUUAAACUAGAAAGUUUGUCUUUUCAACAUUAUUUAAUGCUUGGAACCAUUCAUAUUUGAUUAAAAGAUGUAGUUGAAAUUUU